UUUAAAAUAUUUCAUUCCGGUAGCAACAUUAGAAAAUGCAGAUUCAGAAAAAAAAAAGUCUGCAUGAAAACAUUAUAUUAAAACUUCAUACGUUACAGCGAAGAAAGUCAGAUGCGUUCCUUUAAAAAAAAAAAAAAAAUUUGUCAUUGUACUCCGAUCCAAAGGCAAUGAUGGUGUCUUCAAGCCUAGAGCCAGAGUUUAGCCUAUAGCCCUUCUUGACUGAAGUGAGAGCCUCAGCACUGGGGUAAUAUCUGAACUCUUAAGUACGACACGUUCUUCACUCCUACUCAUUCCCUCCACAGAACUGGAUCGGAGACGCGACGAUUCUCCCAUUCCCUCCUCCCCCCCCCCUCCUUUUGCUCCCUCCCUCUCCCCUCUCUCUGCAUCAUCUCUUUCUCAACUCAGAGGGCUGCAUUUCCUCCUGGAACUACCAUCAAUAACAGCAGCGAGGGAAAUUAAGUUCUCUCCCCGCUUCAGAUUGGAGACGCGCCGGACACUUCAUUUUGGAAUACCGUUAUAGGCCAACAACAACAAUAACUUAUUCUUACCCCCCCUCCCCACUUCCUGGAAGCGAAUACAGUAGUGCUCGCUUUCCUUGUUCUUUUUAAACCCAGUCGAGUGCUCGUGGACUCCUGGACGGAAUGAAAACGGAGGAGACUCGAUCGUGUUUACAACAGGCUCCCUCGGCCCUGGCUUUCGAGGGGCGGGAGCUCUGUGCCGGCUGCGACGCUCCAAUUGCGGACCGCUUCCUGCUGCGGGUCAACGAGCGCUCCUGGCACGAGUCCUGCGUGAAGUGCGCCGUGUGUCUGCAGGCACUGUCCGGGACGUGCUACUGCCGCAAUCGCCAGCUCUACUGCAAACACGACUACGAGAAGUAAGAGAGCCCUUCCUUUAACCCCUUAAAGGCACAAGGGACGUACGUGUCCCACAAAUAGAAACCAUGCUAACUUUCUUAUGUUUGCAACGAGAGGCGCGAAACUGGGUUUCAAAUGUACUGACAGGUACGAUUCCCGAGAACAGAAGUACUUGGCGCUCACAAUCAUUGUCUCAAUGAACGUGCCGCUGCUUCCAGUCUCUCUUGACGUGCGUUUCCCAAACCCCCGCGUGGAAGUGCAUCUUGUUCAUGACGUUCACGUGCAGCGUUAGGCUUUGAAGAGCUUCUUCAGGGCUUUGUUGGGAAACACAUUUGAAACUAAUGCCUAGAUAUAAAUGAUAGUUUUAUUGUAAAUCAAACGAUAAAUGCGAGAGGAAAAUGUGAUUUUCCAAGCUGAGAAAAAUCACAGCAAAAGGAAAGAGUGUUGCUCAAACCUGAUGCUUUCCCAAUGCUGACUCCAGGGUAACACUUUACACGCAGGGUCUCUGAUUACUGUGUAUUUACAUAGUAGCUACUU